UUUCUUUUUUUUUUUUUCCUUCUUUCAUGGACACCCAAGUCCCUGUUCCGGCGGCUACAGAGCCACCAAAAAACUAUCGUUCCAAUGUCGACACUUCCCGCCCUUUUCGCACCGUCAAAGAAGCCGUCGCCGUCUUCAGCGAGCGGUUUCUCGUCGGAGAGAUAUACACUCCGAAGCCUUACACUUACAGCCGCCCUCCGAGCCAAGAGGUGGCCUGGUUUUCACCGGGUAGUACUCCUCUGAGCCGUAAACAAGAUGAUCAACGAGAGGUUCUCGAUACCUUAAAGAAGCUGGAGACCGAGCUCGAGGAAACAAAGGCGGAGCUGAAGCUACUCAAGGAAAGAGAAUCCGAAACGGAGAUUGUGUUGGCUUCAUUGAACGCUGAACUUCAUAAGAACAUGUCGAAGCUGGCCAUAGCCGAGGCUGCUGCGGCUAAAAACGCGGCGGAGACGACGCCGACGCCGAGGACAGCGAGUUUGGAGAUGGGGAAGGGAGAAGAUAUAGCGAGGGAGGAAGAGAGAAGAAAGGAGUUGAUGAAACGAAUGGAGAACAACCCGACGUUGUCUCAGUCUCAGAUACCGAGUAUAGGUGAAAAGGAAGGGCAUUUCGGAGGGAAAAGAGAGAGGAAGUUGAUGAAGAAGAAACCCAUUGUUCCUCUGCUUGGUGAUUGGAUUUUCAAGAAGAAAAGGUCGCCUACAACUCUUCACAAUCCUCUUUAUGUGUCAUGAAGAUGUAUUUUUAAU